CCCCCCCCGCCCCGGGGGCCGGUUGCAGCCCGGCUGCGUGUGCGGAGGCGCAGGAAGGGGCUGGGACAAGGCUGAGCCGCCGAGCGGUGGGAGGGGGCGGCGGCGGCAGCGGCGCUGGGGACACCCCCCCCUUCACCCCCACCCCCCCACCCUGCACCCAGAGCUCGGCGGGGCGGUGGGCACCGAGACAGGGGAGGUAUGGGGUGGGCGAGCAAGGAGGAGAACCCCGAGAAGGUCGUGGUGAAGGUGGAGCAAGGCGCGGGGGCGGUGGAAGGCGCUGCUGAAGAUGAGGAGGCAACGCGGGACGAAGGCUGCGGGAUCUGGAGGCCGGGAGGCGACGGCGUUGGGGUGAGGUGGGGAGAAACGGCCAACCAAGGCAACGCGGAUGAGCUGGGCGGAAGCGGGUCCCAGCCGAAGCCGAAACCCAAGCGGAAGCUGCACAAGUGCGAGGAGUGCGGCCGGGUCUUCAACUGGAGGAACCACCUCGUCCGCCACCAGCGCCUCCACACGGGCGAGCGGCCCUACAAGUGCUCCCUCUGCGGGAAGGGCUUCAACGACGGCUCCCCGCUGCUCAUCCACGAGAUGCUCCAUCGCGGGGAGAAGCCCUACAAGUGCUUGGAUUGCGGGAAGAGCUUCAGCCAAAGCUCCCACCUCAUCUCCCACCAGGUGGUCCACACCGAUGAGAAACCCUACGUCUGUCCCGACUGCGGGAAGUGCUUCGCCCGGCAGCAAUAUCUCCUCAUGCACCGCCGCGUCCACACGGGCGAGAGACCCUACAAGUGCCGGGAUUGCGGGAAGAGCUUCCGGAAAAGCUCCGACCUGGUGAGACACAAGACGGUCCACACGGGCGAGAAACCCUUCAAGUGUCCCGUCUGCGGGAAGGGUUUCACCCAAAACUUCCGCUGUAACGCCCACAAGAAGGUCCACAGCAAGGAGGGGGAGGGCGGCCGAGCGGCGUCGCCGCCCCGGCACACGCAGCAGAGCAGCCGCCAGACCACGGUCCCACCAGGUGACGGCGGCCACCGAGAGACUUCCCAGCCCGGAGACCCCCAGCAAGGAGGACGAGGCGGGUCCAGCUCGAGGAUGGAGGGCGGGGGCGGGCGUCGGGGUCCCGAGGAGCACAAAGCCCCCCCGGAGCGGCCGGGAGCGGGGCCGUGGCCUGGCGAGGGGCCGGCGCGGCCGCCUCCUCCUGCGGCCGCCUCGGAGGCGCCCGGGGGGACGUUCCCCGGCGAGGAGCGGGCGCACGAGCGGCGGCGAAGCUUCAGCUGCCGGAAGAGCCCGGGCCACCAGCGGCAGCCCCGCGGCCACCAGCGCCCCGGCCGCGGGAAGGGCUUCGGCGAGGGCUCCGACCUCGCGUCCCGGCGGCCGGAGGGACCCGCCGAGCCCCGGGGCCCGGCGAUAAGCCCGGAGCUCCUCCAGCGGGGCCCGCGCGCGGCCGAGAGGUCCCACCUCUGCUCCGAGUACGGGAAGAGCUUCACGCGGAGGUUCAACCUCAAGCUCCACAAGAAGCUCCACACCGGGGAGAGGCCCCACAAGUGCCCCGAGUGCGGGCUGAGCUUCACCAACACGUCCCACCUCAUCGACCACCACCGACCCCGUUGGGGCAGGAAAGGACCGACCCCCCCGCUCCCCUCGAGCCUCUGCCCUGGCUCCGAUUCGCGCCGGAGCCUGAGCUGUUUAGAAAAGCAGGGAGGCUGCCGAGCGCUGGAAGAAGGGGGUGGCGGGUCCCGUCACCGGCUCCGGGUCGGGUAUCGCAGUUUUGUGGGGGACGGUGAUAGAGACACGGAGGCCAAAACUCUAACUGUGGUAAUGCCGCCAGCAGAAAGUGAAGGAUUAGAGGCCAGUUUCGUUCUGAAGUUGGGUCCGGGCUUCGGGAAGGUGCCCAACACCUCGAGGGUUGCGACGCCCACCCUGGCAACGACAACGAGCCGCAUGAAGGCGGCGAUGCCGAGGCCUGUCUUUGUCGGCAGCGUAACACGGGCCACAGAUUAUGGACGUCCCGGGCACCUGCUGGAAGAACAACGCGGCAGCUCGCGCGUCACCCACCGAGUGCCCGGACGCGCAGAGGACCGCUUCCUCGCACAGGCGUGCGAUGGGCCAAGCAGGGAGGAGGCGCUGCUGGACUUGCCGCGCACAGGCCGAGAAAGCCUGCUGUGCCAUAUCCCGGUCAGCGACAGCCUCGGCUGCACCGGCCACAGCGUUGUGGGGCUGGGGAUGCUGCUGAGCGUGCCGGAGGUCAGCUCUCAGGCAAGGGUUCUGGAUUUCGGAAGAGCAAACUUCAGCUCACUCAGGGCUCGGCUGGGAGGGGUUCGGUGGGAGGCUUCCGUGGAAGACAACGGAGCCGGUGAGAGCUGGGGGUUCUUCAAGAACUCUCUCUUGGAAGCACAAAGCCAGUUCAUCCCCUACAAAGGAAAGGGCAGUAAGCGCAGCAAGAGGCCCCCGUGGCUCAACCAUGACCUCCUGGGUCUACUCAAAUGCAAACUGAACCAAACACCGACCCACCAGCGGUGCAGGAAGAGCUAG